AUGUAUCUUGUGCUGAGUGUUGUUUUGCCUCUGCUCAUUCUCCCCUUCGGAGAAUGUGCAAACAUUACCAGCACUAACAACACACGAAGUCUCACCAGGGCUUCUACCGGCAUGAUCUCUGUGGCUAACGGACAGAUCUGGGGUACAUGGGGCUUUCAACAGAUGUGUCCAACUGGCACCUACGCUACAGGCUUUAGCCUCAAGGUCGAAACCUCGCAGGGAUUUUGGAGAGAUGACACAGCCCUAAACGGAAUUAGCCUUCGCUGCUCUAAACCCAUCAGAGCAGGUGUGAUUACCAGCUAUUCUACAGUCACAUCUGACACUGGAGGCUGGGGAGUUUGGACACAAGACACUUGGUGUUCAAAUGGAGUAUUGAAAGCGUUCCAGUUGCAAGUGGACUCUUAUCAAUGGGCAGGUGAUGAUACAGCUGCAAACAACAUACAGUUUAAGUGCACUGGAGAUCAAGUGUUGUAUGGCUCUGGAAUGGGCUGGGGUUUUUGGGGUGACUGGAGCCCAGUUUGUUCUGGAACUGGAAUUUGUGGGAUCCAAACAAAAGUAGAGGCUCCCCAGGGUGUUCUGGACGACACCGCUCUUAAUGAUGUCCGCUUCUUUUGCUGCAGCUAAGGUGGACUCAGAGACAUAAAGACAACAACCAUC